AUGGCUUCGACUACUCGUGCAUCCCUCAAGCGUACACGCUCCACAGCGAGCUUGAACGAUGCGGCCCUUGAUGUUCUCUCCGACAUCUCGGCCAAGUCCCGGAAGAUUCAGUCGCUCAGCCCCAACAUCCGAAGGCUGGCGGCGAAACUUACAAACCGGGCCCGAUGUGCAACCUCCCCUCACGAGCUUGACAACCUCAAGGAUUCUUGGGAGGCUCUAUCGCUUUUGAUCGAAAGCAAAUGCGAGGUCAAAGGGCUCAACAGCCGCCUCAAUACCCAACGUGCCCACAUCAACAAGGUACAUUUCGAUCUGCACAUCGGAAACUGGGCUAUGGCAAUCCACAACCGUGUAAAGGCCGGUGAGAAGAAUUGGGCAGAGACUUACUCCCGCCUUCUACAAGCUCGGUUGGCAGCUAGUGGAGUGCCCGGUCCCACCGCGGUUCAGGUAGCAAAGGUCUUCAAGGAGUUCAAAGCGGUCCGUGACCACCAAACCUCGCAGACUUUGGGUCAUAUCCAGCCAGAGAUCGACGCCGUUACUCAGUGGCACUCUGAUGGUACAGGAGAACCCCCUGCAACGCCAUAUCUGGAUCGAGUGGCAGGGCUUUGCGGGCGUGUCGGUAUUGAAAGGAAAACAUAUAUCGACAUCCUGCAUCUUGGUGAUUCACGCAAUGAAACAGCGCACCACCCUCCACCACGUAUCGAGGACCACCUAGACCAAAAUGGAAACGUCGACUGGUCUAGGGUCAAAAGGUCUUGUCAGAAUCGAAAGUCCCGCUUCAAAGGGCAGUUCAAGAAGGGCAAAAUUACCCAAGCCCAAUUCGAAACCUUCAAGAACAUUAUCGAUUCAUGGUACAACAUCCAGGUCAGCGGCCGUAAUCCAGACGGAACCGUUAAACUGGCUCAAGGAAUGGAUAAGGUUAUCGAGGCAAUGAAUCAAGAAAUAGCCAAAAAUCUCAUUCCAAUUCCGGUACCUGAUAGCCCCUAUCAAGAGGGCAAGUGGGACGACCUUCUCAAUUAA